AUUAAGCAGGCUUUGCAUGCAAAGAGAAGAAAGUUUGAAAUUAUUGCUAAAGCUUCUAUCAAAGCCACUAACAAAAAAAUUGAACAAGUUUGGAAAAUACAGCAUGAAUGCAGGCAGAAUCUUCAUCUCAAAUAUGCUCAGCACUUACAGCCUUUCCUUCAGGAGUGGGAUACAGAUAUGCAGGAACUCCAGGAACAAGAAGAAAAACUAGCUAAUCUGUUUCAAGAGCAAUGGAAGCUUCUUCAACAAGCUGGAAUUGUUCAGAUCCAGAAACUGAAAAAAACUGUAAACAUACAUGAGCUAUUGUUGAAGAGUAUGGAGGACUUAGAGAAGGAUCAUGAGCAUCUUCUUGCUGUUGAACAAGAUGAAAUUAGAGAAGAAAUGGACAAGUUUAAAAACAAUAUUCUUAUGGAAAUUGUAAGUACUGUAUGUUUAAUAUUAAGAACUAAGGAAGGACGUGAGCCUUGGGGUAUUUUGUUUGCUGAAAUACAUAUAACAAUUACCAAAAUAAUGUGCAAAAGAGUUCGAGCUGGCAGUUGCACAAUUGUUUCUUCUGCCCCUGUAAAUGAGAUGACUUUGAAGAAAGAACUGGAACCUAGUUUAUAUGACACACAUAUACCAUCAGCUACACUGAAGUACAUUACAGUGGUUUAAAGGUUUCUAGUUGAAGUCAGCACAUCUUGUUUAUCGUAGCUUGUCUGUUAAGUUGCAAGACCCCCUUUCUGUGUAAAAAAAACUCAAAAAACCUGGACAGUAUAUGGGUAGCAGAACUCCCCAGUUAUAUGUAUCAAGCUUUCAGCUCUUUGUUAGUAGUGACUUUUUGUCCCUAACACUGUCAAUUAACUUUUAGUAAUUAUUUGACUAAAUUUUAGGCUUUGGCGCCAGCAAUUCUGUAUCAAUCCCUAAACGUAGAAAGCACAAGU